AUGAAGCGUAUACUCCUCUUGGACGGUGGCCUCGGCACGUCCCUCGAGCAAAAAUACAACUUGAAAUUCAACUCAUCCAAACCUCUCUGGUCGUCCGACCUCCUCGUCUCCGACCCCAACACACUCCUCAAAUGCCAAAGCGAUUUCGGAGCCAUCCCGGUCGACAUUCUUCUCACGGCAACCUAUCAAGUCUCCAUUGAGGGAUUUGCCGGCACCAAAUCGCCCAGAUUUCCCGACGGGAUCUCAUCAUUGGACAUUCCUCAGUUCUUAGAAACUGCCGUGGAAGUCGCGGAAAACGCCACGCGGGAGCAUCAUGGCACCGUGGCACUAAGCCUUGGUCCCUACGGGGCGUGCAUGAUCCCGAGCCAGGAGUACAGCGGGAAAUAUGACGACGCGCACAAUUCACAAGAAGCGCUGUACGACUGGCACCGAGAGAGAAUGCAACUAUUCAGCAGAGUGCAGGGCUUGGCCUCUCGGAUUGGAUACAUAUCCAUGGAGACGAUUCCUCGAGCAGACGAGAUCGCUUCCAUGCGCAGGGCGCUUGACCAGGUGCCGGAACUGGCGGGCGUACCAUUCUGGAUGUCGUGCUUGUACCCGGGAGACAACCAACGUCUACCUAGUGGCGAGUCUCCGGAAGCCGCCCUGCGAGCAAUGUUUGACCCCCGAGUGGCGAAAUCGGUUCCGUGGGGCGUGGGCAUCAACUGCGCCAAGGUGUGGAAAUUGACGCCGCUGUUGAAACAGUACGAAUCAGUAGUCCACGCGUUGGUACAGGAUGGGACAUUGCCUGAAUGGCCGGCACUGGUUCUAUAUCCCGACGGGACAAAUGGGGAGGCGUACAACACUGUCACGCAAGAAUGGGAAGUUGCCGAUGAUGCAGAGGACGUGACCAGGGUGCCCUGGGAGGAACAGCUCGCCGAGGCUGUGAGAGGAACAGAGGCUAGAGGGAAAUGGAAGCAGAUUGUGGUGGGCGGGUGCUGUAUGGCUAGUUCGCAGGAUAUAGCACGGCUCCGACAGGCUCUGCCAACGGCCUGA